AUGCCGACGAGCCUAUUCGGGGAGCUAAGCGGAGGAGGCCUGAUGGAGGACCAGCGCGCCUUACAGCUCGCCUUCGAGCUGAGCAUGUUAAACUUCGACAACAACCUCCCGACUACGAAUCUGUCGAGUCCUCUCGGUUUCGCGCCACCACCCGACGACCGUGCGAAGAAAUCUCAAAACAUGACCGAGUGCGUACCCGUGCCGUCCUCGGAGCACGUCGCGGAGAUCGUCGGAAGACAAGGAUGCAAAAUCAAGGCAUUACGGGCGAAGACAAACACGUACAUAAAGACACCGGUGCGCGGUGAGGAGCCCGUGUUCGUGGUGACGGGCCGUAAAGAGGACGUCGCGCGCGCCAAACGUGAGAUCCUCUCCGCCGCCGAGCACUUCUCCCAGAUACGCGCCUCGCGGAAGUGCGGCGCCGCCCCGCCGCCGCCCGCCGGCGCGCCUGGCCACGUCACCGCGCAGGUGCGCGUGCCCUACCGCGUCGUUGGGCUCGUGGUCGGGCCCAAGGGAGCCACCAUCAAGCGCAUCCAGCACACGACCCACACGUACAUCGUUACACCGUCGCGUGAACGCGAGCCCGUGUUCGAGGUGACGGGGCUGCCCGAGAGCGUGGAGGCAGCUCGCAAGGAGAUCGAGGCGCAUAUCGCGCUACGCACCGGCGCAGCGAGCGGGGCGACGGGCGCGGGAGCUGUUGCGGGGGCGGAGGGCGACUCGCUCGCGCAGCUGUACCGCGCCGGGCUCGCCUCGCUACUGCGCCCAGAACAAGAGGCCGCUUUCUCAUCUGCAGGCUCCUGCUCGUCAAGCGGAUCCUCCGGUCGGCUCGGCGAUCUGCUGGGUAUCUGGUCUUCGACGGAACGCGACGAAGGUCUCGGCGAAUCGCCAUCGUUCGAGUCUCCCGGAGCCGGCGGCGUGUGGGCGUGGGGCCCGCCCAGGCCGUCGCCGGCGGCGUCGCCCGCGCGCACUUGUGCGGUGUGCGCGGAUCGCGGGGUAGCGGCGGCGCUAGUGCCGUGCGGCCACAAUCUCUUCUGUCUGGAGUGCGCGCAGCGGCUGGCGGCGACGGCGGCGCCCUGCCCGGCGUGCGCCUCGCCCGCGCAUCAGGCCAUCCGUAUUAUCUCGUAAGCCGUAAUGCGGCUUGCGACGUUCCCGCCGACGCGGAACCUUUUUUUACUUAAAUCGUUAUGAAAAUACAAAAAAAAAAGUCGCGUAAUCGAAAUCCUGGUGCCAAAAGUCGGCGCCUCGCCGGCACGGCCCGUCCGC